AUGGCCGACGCACAACUCUACGAAGAAUCCUUCGCCGCGACCCAAGUCCUCGACCAAACCUACGACCGCGUGCACCGAGUUCUCGGCAACUCCCACGACAACGCAACCUCCUUCACCCUCGAUGUCAAUUCAGAACUCUACCCAAUAGCCGCGAACGAGAACUUUCAGAUGCUGAUCGCGUCAACGCUAAAUCUGGAUGGCACGAAGGAUGAAGCGAAUCAAGGAUGGAGAGGCAAGCGCGAUGCAGACCCAACACUAGCAGACAUGUGGGACUACGUCUGCUACGGCAAGGUCUACCGCGUGGAAGAUGUGGGUGAGGGGGAUCAGAUCAAGGUGUACAUCUCGUUUGGAGGGCUGCUUUUGUGUCUACAAGGGCCGUACAAAAAGCUUAGUCCGCUGAAGAUUGACUAUGUCUACCUGCUUCUGAAGAAGUAG